AUGCGGGGAUGCGGCCAAGCAGUUGAUGUCAGGAUAAACAGGAUCAAGGAACAGCAGGUAGGUUGGCAUUGCAGUAGUGAAAUGUAUGGUCUGGGCUGCUGUAGGAAAUCAAAGAGGCUCAAGCCUAUCCAGAAGGUGGAUCGACUGAUCAGUGGUGUGGCUGAGUGCCAGCAGCAGGAGUCAGGACUUUCUGACAUCAAUUCACAAAUCCAGCAGUGUCAGCAUUUCUUGGAUGCAUCAUGGAGCCUCCCAGACUUCACGGAACUCAAUCUGCAGGGCAAAAUGUUACCGGAGGGUAUCGGGGUUGAGGAUGUGAAGGCCUUUCAGAUCCUGUACCGGGAACACUGCGAGGCCAUUAUCAACAUGAUAAUCAACCUGAAGUUCACCCUGCUGGAGUCCUUAUGGAAAACGUUUUGGAGAUGCAAUCUUGCCCAGCCCAAGGAGGGUCCUUUCAUGGUAACCUGUGAUGAAGCUGAGAAGCGGUUACCUAAGAAUCGUCUGGUUAUCUUAUCCAAGUAUAAGUCUGUGCUCAGGUGGACCAAAGACUGUGACAACCUGCUGUACCAGGGCCUAGUGGAGAUUCUCAUUCCAGAUGUGCUACGUCCUAUCCCCAGUAUCUUGAUGCAAGCUAUCAGAAAUUUUGCCAAAAGCCUGGAAAGCUGGCUCACCAAUGCCAUGAUGAAUAUUCCAGAGGAGAUGGUGUUUGUGAAGGUGGCAACUGCAAGUACCUUCGCCCAGACUCUGCGGCGCUACACUUCUCUCAAUCAUCUGGCACAAGGAGCUCGAGGCGUGCUGCAGAAUACAGUGCAGAUUAACCAGAUGCUCAGUGACCUCAACCGUGUUGACUUUGCAGAUAUCCAGGAGCAGGCUUCAUGGGUGGGCCACUGUGAGAACAGUAUAGUGCAACAACUGGAGCAGGACUUCAAGGUGACACUACAGCAACAGUACUCCCUGGAGCAGUGGGCAUCCUGGCUGGACUGUGUGGUCAGCCAGGUACUCAAGCCAUACGAGGGUAGCCCCAGUUUCCCCAAGGCUGCCAAGCUCUUCAUCCUCAAGUGGUCCUUCUACAGCUCCCUAGUGAUUCGGGACCUGACUUUGCACGGUGCUGCCAGCUUUGGUUCCUUCCACCUGAUCUGGCUGUUCUGUGAUGAAUACAUGUACUAUCUGAUUGAACAUCGUGUGGCACAGGACAGGAGCAAGACCCCUAUUGCUAUCAUGGGUGAGUUCACCAGCCUGGCCUGCUCCCUAAACCACCUGGAUCCUGAAAAAAAAGAUGAGGAAGAGGAGGAAGAAGUGGAGAACAAAGGUGACUUGGCCCAGGAAAUUUCUUCUGACUUCAGUGAAUCAACUCCACUCCACUCGGAAUCUCUGGAGCCUGCGACCAAGUUGCUGAGAAUAGAUGGAGAGGCCAUCUUCCUUCAGUCAUGCUUUCUAACUAAAUAACCCUUAGUGGAUGAGUCCAAAACUUGACUGUACCUUUUUCCCUCCUGCCCUCUAUUGGUGCCAUCUCAGAGGGCAUUAAGCAUUCCACCAUGUUCUUUAGAAUCGGUUACAAGUAGUUCAGGCUUUCACUAAAGAGUCCCUUGCCUCCCUUCACCUUUUUACUAAUUACUGUACCACAUCCCAGGUAUAUAAUAUAACCAAACUAAAGUCUCGUUUAUAAAGGCCUAUAUAGCUUGUAUGGGUUUGUUUUCCUUUGUUUUGCCUCGCAUAUGGGUGUGGAGUUUGUGGGCACUUCCCUCCUUCUCUAAUUGGUGGCUUUUUGACCUGCCCUUUAUGAGCAGUGUGGGGAAUGAGAUUACAAAGAUGAGGUAAGGGGGACCUCCCAGCUUCCUGAAGCUACAGUUUUUGACACAAAGGCCUGAUUUGUAGUAUAGUUUGUGGGGCUGCAAGGAAGAGAUGGGCAUAUUUAGAUUAGCCUAGAUUAAAUGUUUUAUAGCAUUCUCAGUAGCUGUAUUAGGCCAAGUCAGGGCAAAAGCAAGUAAGAAGAAUUAACUAAUUUCAGUGAUUUUCCCUCCAUGGCACAAACUGUCCUGACUGAGAAAGUUGAAUGUGCCUUACCUCAUCCUCCACAUCCACCUUUAGCUUUUGUAGUAACUUACCACCCUGCUUUACCUUCUGCUGUCUCUCCAAUCUUUCAGCUUGCCCAAACAUUAAAACCAAGCCAAGAGACUGGGAAGGUAGUUAUUAUCUUAGAACAGUUCAAGGAGCUGCUUUAAUUGCACUUGAAAAAGGAAUAUAAAUUGGUGGAGAUCCUGACAAAGACUUAGUAGAAUUUGUGAAGAGCUUCACUGCUAAUUCUACCUGCCACAGGCCUGCUGGUUACUCAGCAAUUGGCAGUGCAAUGGUGCCCUGGCUUUCUUGAGCACUACAAUGUGUCCCUUAUUUUCAUUCCAGGACAUGCUGAAAGAGAACUUUGGAUGGGAGAAGGGAAGUCAGAUUCCAGAGCAGAGGCUGAUGCCCUGAUGUACUAGGUGCUUUCUCUUCAUGGUGGGUAGAAAGGGAUCAUAGAAAGAAAUCACAUCAUAGACCAGGUCAUUGAAACUCGCUUUGCCAUUCGUAGUGUUUUACUGCCCUCCAUUUUUCCUUCACCUUCCUAGUUCCAUUUUUAACCUCUCUUAUUCCUGCUGUCAAUGAAUUACCUACCUUGUUGUUUCAGUCCUUGCUGAAGUAUGAUUUGUUCCUUCAUUUUGGGGCACCAAGGAUGGGCACCAGAAAGAAGAAAGCUUUUGCCUCUAAUUAUUAAAAAUAGGGAGAGAAAUUUAUUUCUCCAUUGUCACCUCAGUUCAUGAAGCUGUGUUAAGGGGUGCUAUCCUGUGAAACAAUUUUCUAGCUUUCUGAAGAGCUUCAAUUCACUCAGGAGGCAGAGAUAUCAGAUUCAACUGUAGAAGACACUGGCCCCAAAUGUGGAUUGAAGAGGGUCUCAUUCCCCAUUUUAUCAGCUCUGUCAUCUGUUUCACCUGCUAGAAACCCUGGACCCUGCCCCAAAUCUUUCUUCCCAGAAACUUUCCUUGUAUAGUUCUAUUUUAGUAGGGGUAUAUUCUUUGAUAUUCUAGUUUUCACAAGGUUUAUGUUUUAAUGGUAAAAAAUGAAAGAAUCUUCCUUCCAUGCUGAAACAAAGAACUUGUUAUUGGGAUCAAUAUCCAAGUAGAGCUCAUAGUUUAUUGGCUUUUUCCAAACUACCACAGGUAUAUUUGUUCCAGAUCUUUACCAGCGAUUCCAACUGUGAGGUAGAUAAUCGCACUCUAAACUGUGACCUGUAUGAAUUUUCCUCCAUUUUGUGUGCUCCUUGAAGUAUUUCUCUGGUGGCAGCAUCAACCAGACCGAGUAACCAUGUCCUAUACCAUUUCCUCCCUUAUACAGAAGUUUGCCAAUCUGUAAGGUUCU